CAAUAUGGCUUAAACACUGCUGGUUUUACCCGUACCUAAAUGGCUCAAUAAUUAAAGCUUGGAGCUUUAGGCUAUGGCUGCUCUCUCUUAUAUAUAAACACAUCCACAUACCAACAAAACCCUUCUUUUAUUUUGGUUUCUUUGAUACGUUCAAUGCAAAGGUAAAGCCUGAAAAGAAAAAGAUAGCAAUUUAGCAAUAGCAAUGACUCGGUUCAUCAAUCUUCAAAUCGUCAUUAAUGAUGAACAAAGUUUCUUUCUUCAUGAGAAUAUUAUGUCAGCUUUCUCAGGAAGGUUGAAGAAGAUCAUUAGAAAACAAAAGAGAAAACCCCAGAUUGAGGAUUCCAUUAUAGAGCUCAAUGAUUUCCCUGGUGGACCAGAUGGAUUUGAGCAAGUUUCAAGGUUCUGUUACAAUCAUGGAAGAGCUAAAAUCACAGUUUCCAAUGUGUCUCUUCUUUAUUGCUGUGCAUUUUUCCUUGGCAUGACAGAGAAAGCCUCAACCAACAAUCUCUUGAAACAAACAGAAAAGUUCCUGGAGGGGAUGUUUUAUUGGUCCUGGGGUGAUAUAAUUAUGUCCCUAAGGAGCUGUGAACCAUUCUUUUCAUAUGCAGAUUCAUAUGGUCUAAUCCAAAAGCUGAUCUUUGCACUUUUAGCAAAGAUUGCUCAGAAUUCAGAUACGAACUUCAUAGCUUCUUCUUCUUCAUCAUCUUCACCAGUGACGAGUUUUGGCUUCAGAUUCUCUUCAACAUCAAAAGCCUCACCUGAUCCAGCCAGUCCAUGUACUAAAUCAGGCAAGGAUUGGUGGUUUGAUGAAUUGACAAAUUUAGGUCCAAAGAUCAUUGAGAAAAUCAUUAGGAAUUUGGGUGCUUAUGGGGACCAAAACAACAGCUUCACACUCACAAGGUUCAUUCUCCAUUACCUCAAAAGCAGACCCCAAGGUUCUUCCUCAAGCUCUAAAUACGAAUACAGUGGCCUGGCUGACACAGCUGUUCAUGGGGUUAUUUUAGUGGGGAAAACCAAAUUUUCUUGCGGGAAACUUUUCUGGGUUUUGAGACUUGUUUCUGGUUUCAACCUCAGCAAAGACUAUAGGGCUGGUUUGGAGAGAUUGAUCGGUGAGAAUCUUGAUGAAGCAACUGUGGAUGACUUGUUGGUAUCAGGACAUAACAGGGGUGUUUAUGAUGUCAACCUUGUAAUAAGAUUGAUUAGAGUGUUUGUCAAUGGUGAAGAGGUGGAUUCACAGAAGAUGAAAAAGCUUGGAAGAUUGAUAGAUAAGUACUUGAGAGAAAUAUCUCCAGACCAGAACCUCAACAUCUCUAAGUUCCUUGCAGUUGCUGAGAGUUUACCAGAUUCUUCAAGAGAUUGCUUUGAUGGAGUCUAUAGAGCCAUUGAUUUCUAUCUUCAGUCCCAUCCAACCCUUUCAUUUGAGGACAGAUCAAAGCUAUGCAGAUGUCUAAACUAUGAAAAGCUCUCAUUUGAAGCAAGCAAAGAACUAGCCAAAAAUCCCAGAAUCCCACCAAAUGUUUCAGUCCAAGCACUCAUUUCACAGCAAUCUAAAGUGCCACAGAAUGGAUUUUUGUAUCAGAGAACUCCCAAUGGCAGCCAUGGCAAGAACUCACAUGGCCAUAUGGUGUUGUUCAAUGACAAUACCAUGGAUUCAUCAUCAUUAUCAUCAUCAUCAGAGAGCUUUUCAGAAGGGACUGAAGAUAUGAAACUCAAUUUGCAGAAGAUGCAAUGUAGGGUGGUGGAGUUGGAGAAAGCAUGUAAAGAAAUGAAGGGACAGAUGUCAAAGUUGGUAAGGCAUAACACUGGCAUUAGUACCCCUUUCUACAAUGGAACUUUGCCAAGAUUUUGCUGAAAUUUGUUUGUACAAAAAGGGGGCUGGUUCUUGCAAAAUUGGAGCAAAGGGGAUUCACCUUUU